AUGCCGAACCAUUUAUACACUCCUCGCUCCCGCGAAGAUCACCAAGCUAUCUCUGAUGCACAUGGAGGAUUGCGUGUGUUUUGGCAGCUUACGACUGACGAGCUUCGCAGCUCUGCAAGUAAGUGGAAUGUUCGACAUCUUAUCGCUUAUCGUCUCUUGAUAAAUCCUUUGGAAUGGAAGACAUUGCCAUGUCUUAAUGAUCAUAACGAGUCCUGCUCUCUUUGUAAUCCGGAGCUUACUCAUCAAAACCUUGAUUGGGGAAUUGUACAGUCUCUCGUGGGUUCCAAUCCGGAUGGCAUAACAACCAAAUCCGACAGCGAGCUCUUGAGCUUGCCGCUUGGUCAGUUCUGGGUAGAUCUGGCUCGUGCGAUUCGGCACGACCGAGAUGUCGAACCAAGACUACACCCUCAGCGGGAUAGAAGAAUGGUGCAAAAAGAAGGAUACCAGAACUCAUCAACUGUAAUUCACGGCUCGUCCUCGCCUACGAUACCUUCCUCAUCUGAAUAUGAAUUCGAGAUGGGUUUAGAAAGAGAGGACAUAGACAAGGAUGAACACGAUGCACGACGGACAAGACCUGAAGAGGUCACUAUAAGACUUGUGAUAAGUUUUUUAGAACACGCACUUCUCCGAUGUCUGCUUCAACAUAACUUGCGCGACACAGAAGUACGACCCAGGGAUGAUGGGGGAAUAUGCAAAAUGCGAAAAAGAUAUGGGUUCUGGGAGGUGGAGCAUCCUUAUCAAGCUUUGCUCGAAGCAAAGAGGGUCUUCAAAGAUAUUGAGUUCAAUGAGAAGGAGAAUAAGCAUGUCCCAGUACUGUCAAACGAAUAUCUAGCGCAGUAUCUCGGCGAGGCUGUUAUCACAUGGGGAAGUAACCAACAACUCUUGGGAGACGGGAUAUUUGUCGUUGCUGCCGUCGGGACUUUUGUACGAUUCAUUCGUUACGAAUUUGGUUGCAACUAUGCUGAGUAUCUCAGUGCGACGACGCUUAAUGGACAACUAGAUAUUAUAUCUGAUCCAGGCAAAGAUACAUUUGUCCAUAUGCAUGGCACUAGGUGGUUCAAUAUUCAGUCUAGCGAGGGGAGGCGAGGUGCACUUUGCUGUCUUCUCGCUUUGCACCGGUGGUUCGACCCUGGACUGGAGGGCGAUAGCGAUUUUGAGAGCGAUGCUAUGGAGUCGAUUGAUGGUCAAAGUCAAAGUUAA